CAGAGAUUGAAAGGAACUCACAACAUCACUCGGACCAAGCACAGUCCCUGACCCGCAUCCAAGAACAGGCGGGAACAGCAACAGUGGAUGGACAAACUUAAACUGGUCUCAUGGAACACCAGAGGGUUGGGGGACACAAAUGGGAGGGGUAAAAGGAGAAGCUUGAAGUCGUGGAUUCAUGAAUGGAACAGAUAUUGUAUUAUGCUUCAAGAGGCGAAGCUGAACGAAGACAAGAUCAGAGAUCUGGGACCCUGGUGGGACGGACCUCAAAUUUGGUCCCCCGCACAGGGUACCAGAGGGGGAGUAUGCAUCCUAUUACACAGAGAUUUGCAGGUUCGGGUGAUUGACAAGGAGGCGGAGAUUUGGGGGCGCUGGGCAUGGAUGAGGGUGGAAGUGGGAUCGGACGAGUGGCUCCUCAUGACAGUGUACGCCCCAACGAAGACAAGGGAAAGGGAAGCCUUUUUCAGAAGUCUGAUCUCCAACAUACCUAGAGUGGAGAAAGUCAUUCUGGCAGGGGACUGGAACAGAUCGUUGGACGAUGCCCUCCGCCCUGACUCAGGGUGUGCAGGACAGGGAGAUGUUGUGGCGUUGCUUCAGUUAAUAGAGACGGUGUCUCUGACGGAUCCUUUCCGGCUACUAAAUCCAGACAACCCAGGUUUUACCUGGUUUUCUCACCUCCACCACAAUAGGCAGCGUAUGACCAGGCGUCGCCUGGACUAUGUGCUGGUGACAGAUAACUUGAUGUCAAGAGUUCUAACAUUUAAGCAAACAUGCAACCCCCUAUCGGACCACAAGCCGGUUACAGCAGAAGUCAGGCUCCAGGAAGGCGGUGAAAGAGGUAAAGGAUUCUUCAGGCUGAACAAACAAGUGCUGGAAAAUCCGGGCGUUCGGGACUGGGUGGAGGAUCACUUGGUGAAGUGGGAUUUUGCUAGACCCUUCUUUGGGGACACAGCUGAAUGGUUGGAUGCUGGACUGGCCAUCCUCUCUGGAGUACUGGACGUAUGGUCGAGAGUUCUUGCGAAGUGCAGAAACGUAAAAGAGGCGGAAUGCAGGAAACGGGUAGAGGAAGCUGAGGAGAGAAUGGAGGGUCACCCCAUAUCGGCAAUGGUAUGGGUUGCAGAGAGAGCGAAGAGGAUGGAGGAAUGGGACACCUUACAACAGGACAAGCAAAGAAGAUGGGCUGAGAUGCUGAGGGAAAAACGGAUUGAAACCCAUGAUCUGAUGACAAAAGAAACCUUUCAGAAAUUGCAGCCAAGGAGAGUCGCUCAACAGACGGUAGAACUGCGUCACCCGUUCGACAGCAAUGCUCCCAAUACAGAGACAGCUACAGGGAUGCUCCACUACGCUAAGCUCUACUAUGAGGACAUCUCACCUCAAGGUAAAUCCCCGGGCAUAGACGGCUUAACAGUAGAAUUUUACAACACGUUCUGGAACUCCAUGGACCCUAAGCUAGUGGACGUGUACAAUCAAAUCCUGGUAAAUGGUUGUUUGGGGAAGGGGAUGAUCCAUGGGGUAAUCAGCAUGCUGUUCAAGAAAGGGGACAAGUCUCAGGCUGGGGCAUCACCUACCCGGAUUAGUAGAGGGGGAUCAAGGCGCGUUCUAGACCUUGAAAAGGCGUAUGAUAAGGUGGGAUUGCCUUUUGUUUUCACGACGCUGAGGAAAAUGGGGUUUGACACCCCUUUUUGUAAGUGGUUGGUCGCAAUGUACACGCUUUCGACCUCGGCGGUGAUGAUCAAUGGUCACUUAUCACAGUCCUUCAAGUUGACAAGGUCGUUGAGGCAAGGUUGUCCCCUUGCUCCACUGCUAUUCGUGUUGCAGAUGGAGGUACUCUUGAACAGACUGCGCAGAAAUCCAAACCUCAGAGGAUUAACUUUGCACAGCGGGACACAAUGCAAGGUGAAGGCUUUCGCGGACAACUUGUCGUCAUCAGCGAGAACUCGAGCACCUCAUUAAAUGCACUGAAGGACAUCCUAACUGAGUACUCCUCGCUGUCAGAGGCUUCCGUCAACUGGAACAAAUCGGUGUUUUUGUU